UUUUAAAAUACACAAAACUGUAUUGUUGUAAUAUAAUUCGUGAUAUUUGUUGAUAGUUUAAUUUUUCACUAAGUAUUUUUAUUUGUUUGUUGAUGCAAGCGUGUACAAGCUGCACAAGUCGCGGUACUCUUACACAUAACUCAUCAUGGACCCUGACAGUAUUUUCUGGGCAAUAUUUGUCUUCAUGUGGCUGGUGUACCUGUGGGAGACGUACCUUUCAUAUAGACAAAGAGAGUUGUACAGAACAGUUACCAAAAUUCCAGAGAAUAUUUCAAGUAUAAUGGACCAAGAAACUUACGAAAAGGCACGUCUGUACAACUUAGACAAGAGCACGUUUGGAUUUUACAUCGGUGUCUGGGGAGAAAUAGAACACUCGUUAAUUUUAAUCUAUGGAGGUAUUCCGUUCCUAUGGAGGGUUUCUGGUGAGGUCAUGCAGAAAUAUGGCUUCGAUUCCACCUAUGAGAUCUCACAGUCGGUAGUGUUUCUCAUCAUGGCUGUCACAUUCUCCACCAUCACCAGCAUGCCUUUCACUGUGUACAGCACCUUUGUCAUCGAGGAGAGGCACGGCUUCAACAAGCAGACUCCAGGAUUUUUUGUGAAAGACCAGAUAAAGAAGUUCUUUGUUUCGCUGGCCAUUGGGAUGCCGAUUGUGGCCCUGCUCAUUUACAUCAUUCAGAUUGGGGGAGACUACUUCUUCAUCUACGUCUGGGUCUUUCUCCUAGUGGUCUCCCUUCUGAUGAUCACCAUCUAUGCAGACUACAUUGCCCCACUGUUUGACAAGUUUGCACCCCUCCCUGAGGGAGAGCUGCGCACAAAGAUUGAAGAGCUCGCAAAGAGUAUUGACUUUCCCCUCACCAAACUGUAUGUGGUGGAAGGCUCCAAGAGAUCGUCCCACAGCAAUGCCUAUUUCUACGGGUUCUUCAAGAACAAGCGUAUAGUGCUGUUUGACACCCUUCUAGCAGAUUAUUCACCAGUAAAUGCAGAUAAGAAGGAAGGUGAAUCAAGCAAGCUGGAAACGAAAGUGGGAGACUCAGGGGAGGCAACUAAGGUAGAAGAGAAUACCAAGGGACAUAAGAAGACUGGCUGUAACAAUGAUGAGAUACUCGCAGUGCUGUCCCAUGAACUGGGCCACUGGAAACUGGGGCAUAUCCUCAAGAAUCUAGUCAUCUCACAGGUUAACUCAUUCCUAUGUUUUGCUGCCUUUGGGUUGCUGAUUGACCAACAGGUUCUGUACUCUGCAUUCGGAUUUGACACACGUCCCACUAUCAUCGGACUUAUCAUUAUAUUCCAAUAUGUCUUCUCACCAUACAAUGAGAUCCUCUCCUUCUGUGUGACGGUUCUCUCCCGCAUGUUCGAGUUUCAAGCAGACGCCUUUGCCAAAAGCCUGCAGCACUCUUCCAACCUGAAGACCGCCCUCAUCAAGCUCAACAAAGACAACCUGGGCUUCCCCGUCAACGACUGGCUCUACUCCACCUGGCACUUCUCCCAUCCUCCUCUACUGGAGAGGCUUAGGGCACUCGAGAAAACAGAGUGAUUGAUCGGCUUUGAUAGAUUGGAGAUUUUUUUUUUCGGCUAUUGAAAAGAAUUUAAACAAUAGAUUGAUUAAUGUUAGAAGUAUUAGUUGGACCUAUACAUGUGAUCUUUUCCUUGAUUAGCCAAAGUUGGGGAAAACAGAUAGGUCUUAUUUAUAAAUUGAAAAAAAUCUCAAGGUUCUAUAUUGAUAUAUUUUCAUUAUAUACAACCAAUUUAAAUCUAAUUGAUAUAUUUUUGCGGAAGACAAUUAUACAAAGGGCAAUUACUUAAUUAAUUUCAAAGAAAUUCUGGUUUUUAAUAAGAUAAAACUGUGAUGGCUUGAUACCAUCUUUAAUUUUUUUUUUUUUAAGUUCAACUUUAAUUUUUUGCAAGAAUUUUACUAAGACCUUUCAAGAAUUCAAUACAAUGCUGCAUGUAAUUGACUCUAAAUGAUGAAGAUCUAUAUUUUUCCUGGAUUUGACUUGACCACUUAACCUCUCAAGAAUAAAGAGCUUUUCUUGUGGAAAGUUCUACAUGGAUUAAACAUUAUUUGCUGUUAUAUAAUAUGAUUUCACAUGAUGUCAUGAAAUUCAUUAAAUCAACACCAAUACUAAAAAAACUACAUGAAAUAUUAAAGUUGAAUUGUAUUAUGUUAUAAAAUGUUAAAUAAAAUUGGUUUCAGUCACUCAGUAGCAAGAAAUUCACUGAAUGCUAUCAAGGACAAUUGACAGCAUAUCUUUAUACAUCUGGUUUUAAAUAAACAUAAUAUUGCCUCUCA